AAGCAGUUCGCGGGAAAGUAAGACAGGAAGUCACUCAUUUGUUUCCCGCGAAACUCCCAGAUCUGUCCAGCUCUGGUCGCCGGCUUCGGUUCCUUCUCUUCGGAUUAUUUCUUAGCUCUGUCUUACUGUCGCCGCAGCUCCCACCGAGCUCACCGCAGGAUGUCCGGCUUCGACGACCCCGGGGUUUACUACAGCGACAACUUCGGAGGAGGAGGAGAGGCUCCCGGCGGGGACGAAGGCGGACAGAAGCGCGUCCAGAUCAAGAAGAGGUUCCGCGAGUUCCUGCGCCAGUUCCGAGUGGGAACCGACCGGACCGGCUUUACGUACAAAUACAGGGAUGAGCUGAAGCGGCACUACACCCUGGGGGAGUUCUGGGUGGAGGUGGAGAUGGAGGACCUCGCCAGCUUCGACGAAGAUUUGUCCGACUGCCUCUACAAGCUGCCCACUGAGAACCUGCCCCUGCUGGAGGAAGCUGCCAAAGAGGUAGCGGACGAGGUGACCCGUCCCCGGCCCGUUGGCGAGGAGACGGUGCAGGACAUCCAGGUCAUGCUGAAGAGCGACGCCCAUCACGCUUCCAUUCGCAGCCUGAAGUCGGAGCAGGUGUCCCGCCUGGUGAAGGUGCACGGCAUCGUCAUCUCGGCCACGGCAGUCAAGGCGAAGGCCACCAAGGUGUGCCUGCAGUGCCGCGGUUGCCGCGGCGUCCUGCCCAACAUCCCGCUGCCGCCGGGCCUGCAGGGCUACGCUCUGCCGCGCAAGUGCAACAGCGAGAACGCCGGCAGGGUGAACUGCCCCGUGGACCCGUACUUCAUCAUCCCGGACCGCUGCGUCUGCGUGGACUUCCAGACGCUGCGCCUGCAGGAGUCGCCGGACGCCGUGCCACACGGGGAGAUGCCCCGUCACAUGCAGCUGUACUGCGACCGGUAUCUGUGCGACCGCGUGGUGCCCGGCAACCGGGUGACCAUCAUGGGGAUCUACUCCAUCAAAAAGGUGGCCGCUGCCAAGAAAGCAGGCAGAGAGAAGGGCGUCGGCGUGGGGAUUCGCUCGUCCUACCUGCGAGUGGUCGGCAUUCAGAUGGACACGGAGGGAGCAGGCCGUGGCGCCACCGGCUCGGUGUCUCCACAGGAGGAGGAGCAGCUCCGGUCGCUCGCCGCCUCUCCCGGCAUUUACGGCUCCCUGGCGAGCUCCGUGGCUCCGUCCAUCUACGGCAGCGACGACCUGAAGAAGGCCAUCACCUGCCUUCUGUUCGGCGGUUCCAGGAAGAGGCUGCCCGACGGCCUGACUCGCAGGGGCGACAUCAACCUGCUGAUGCUGGGAGACCCCGGCACGGCCAAGUCACAGCUGCUGAAGUUCGUGGAGAGAUGCGCGCCGAUCGGGGUUUACACGUCCGGGAAAGGCAGCAGCGCCGCCGGGCUGACGGCCUCCGUGCUGAGGGACCCCACCACCCGAGGAUUCAUCAUGGAGGGCGGCGCCAUGGUGCUGGCCGACGGAGGAGUCGUCUGCAUCGACGAGUUCGACAAGAUGAGAGAAGACGACCGAGUGGCGAUCCACGAGGCCAUGGAGCAGCAGACCAUCUCCAUCGCUAAGGCCGGCAUCACCACCACCCUGAACUCGCGCUGCUCGGUGCUCGCCGCCGCCAACUCCGUGUUCGGUCGCUGGGACGACACGAAGGGCGAGGACAACAUCGACUUCAUGCCCACCAUCCUGUCCCGCUUCGACAUGAUCUUCAUCAUCAAGGACCAGCACGACCAGCAGAGGGACAUGACUCUGGCUCGCCACGUCAUGAACGUCCACCUGAGCGCCCAGACGCAGACGGAGGGCGUGGAGGGCGAGAUCCCUCUGGCCACGUUCAAGAAGUACAUCGCCUACGCCAGAACUAAAUGCGGCCCUCGGCUGUCGGCGGCGGCUGCUGAGAAGCUGAAAAACCGGUACGUGGUGAUGAGGAGCGGCGCGAGGGACCACGAGAGGGAGUCCAACAAGCGGCCCUCCAUCCCCAUCACCGUCAGGCAGCUGGAGGCCAUCGUCCGCAUCGCCGAGUCUCUGGCUAAGAUGAAGCUGCAGGCCGUGGCAGGAGAAGAAGAAGUGGACGAGGCCCUGCGGCUCUUCCAGGUGUCCACGCUGGACGCGGCGCUGUCCGGCAGCCUCUCCGGAGUGGAGGGAUUCACCUCGCAGGAAGACCAGGAAAUGCUGUCCCGCGUCGAGAAGCAGCUCAAGAGACGCUUCGCCAUCGGCUCCCAGGUGUCCGAGCACAGCAUCGUCCAGGACUUCACCAAGCAGAAGUAUCCGGAGCACGCCAUCUACAAGGUCCUCCACCUGAUGCUGAGGAGGGGCGAGCUGCAGCACCGCAUGCAGAGGAAGGCCCUCUACCGGGUCAAGUAGAGGAGCCUCUGCUCUGUUUGUUUUUGUAAAUAGUUUCUGGUCUGCGUUGUUUUGGGGUAACUGAGGAUGGAUUCUGACAAUAACAUUUCUCACAAUUUAGAGCCGAGAUAAUGGAUUAAAGGUGUCGCUGUUGAGAUGAAGAUUCUGUUUAAAUAAAUAAAAAGUCGUAAGCACACGA